AUGGCUUUUCUACAAUUUAAGAGCAAUGAAACGUUAUAUUUUUCCAACAUAUCAAAUGCUAAAGAUGAACAAUCAAAAGUAUUGAGCACUUCUCAUCCAAACGAUGACCAACAUAAGAUUUUGAAAAAACCUAGAGAAGGAGGAGAUAUAUAUUCUGAUGUUUAUGUAUGGUACUUUCUCAAAAAUGUAUACAAAAAAAUGGAAAUUUGUUCUUUUAAUAAAAUGGAUAAUACCUAUACUUUAAGAAGAAAAGGGAUAACAUAUGAGAAUGUGCCUGCUGAUAAAACAAAACCAUACUUAAAAGAUUUAGAUGAAAUAGAUAGCGAAAACAAUAUAGAUAUUAUACAGUUAAAUGAAGAGAAUGUAUUACAAAAUAUAAAAAACAGAUAUAAGAAAAACAAAAUAUAUACUUUCCAUGCUUCUCUUUUAUUAGUUGUUAAUCCAUAUAAAGAGAUAAAAGGGUUGUAUGAUAUAUAUCAAAUGAAUAUAUAUUUAAAAAAACUGACAAAUGAUCAUAUGUCUAAUGAACAACAUAUGAAAGCUCAUAUAUAUGAUAUUAGUAAUAUGGCUUAUAAAAAUAUGAUCCAGAAAAAAAAGAGGCAAACAAUAGUUGUAUCAGGACAUAGUGGUAGUGGUAAAACGGAAAAUUGUAAAUUUCUGUUUAAGUAUUUCCAUUAUAUAUUUUUUCAUAAAAAUGGAGGAACACAUAAUGAUAACAAUAAUGAUAAUAAUAAUAAUAAUGAUGACAAUAAUAAUGAUAAUAAUAAUAAUGAUGACAAUAAUAAUGAUAAUAAUAACAAUAAUAACAAUAUUUAUAGUGUGAAUAACAAUAUAUAUAAUAAUUUAUGUACAAAUAUUUACACAUCAUUGAAAGGAGAACCAGAUAAUAAUGUUGAGAAACAAAAUUAUUUUGGACUUUUAGGAAGUUAUAGGAAGGUUAGGGAUACUACAAAUGAUGAUGUAAAAGAUAUGAAUGGUAGGGACAAAAUUUAUAAUGAUAGUUUACAUAAUGAAAGAAUUGAUAAACUGAUUUAUAUCAAUAAUAUUAUAGAAUCGAUGAGUAACGCUAGAACUAUAAAGAAUAAUAAUAGUAGUAGAUGUGGACGAAUAAAUGAUUUAAUUUUUGAAGAAAGAGAGAAUACACAAAAGGGUGAAUCGAAUAAUAUGUUUAAUUAUUGUUUUAAUAAUAUAAAAAUUGUAAUUCUUUUAUUAGAAAUUAAUAGAUGUAUUCGUCAUAAUAAAGGAGAACGUAAUUUCCAUAUAUUCUAUCAGGUGUUGUAUGGAUUAAGCGAUAAGCAAUUAUAUGAGAGGAAUUUAGUAAGGAACAUUCAUCAUUAUCAUAUAUUAAAUUGUGAUAAAGAAAAUGAUAAAGAUAAAUAUAGUAAUGAUAUGUCUAUAGAUAAUAUCAAUAAUGAUUUUGAUGAAUUAGAAAAAUCAAAAGAUGAAAAAAAUUUUAAAUUGUUAUUAGAUGGAUUAACAUAUAUAAAAUAUGAUUCUUUUAUAAUUAAUCAAUUUUUUGAUGUAAUAGGUGGUAUUUUACAUCUAGGUCAAAUAAUAGAAGAGAAUAUAAAAAAAGAUAAUUAUAAUGAUAAGUUGAUAAAUACAAGAAAUAAUGACAAAAAUAUGUUGAGCUAUAAUACAUGUAAUGAUAAAACUAAUCAUAUGUAUAGUGAUAGUUAUAAAUAUUGUUCUGAAUGUUUGAGUAUCAAUUUAGAGGAUCUUCAAAACAUUAUAAAAUAUAAAAAUAUUAAUGUUUCUUCAGAAACCAUUAGAACCCAUAGGAACAAAGAAAAUAUGACAUCUACGAUAUAUACGAUAAUAAAAAUAAUAUAUAAAAACUUUUUUAAUAAAAUAAUAAGGGAUAUAAAUAUAGCACAUUUAAAUGAAAAAGAAAAAGAAGAAAUAAUGAAUGAACAUAUUUAUAUGUAUAAUCAUAAUAUCAUAUCCAUAUUUGACAUAUAUGGAUUUGAAGAAUUAUCUUUUAAUGAUUUUGAUCAAUUAUGUAUUAACUUAGCAAAUGAAAAAUUAAAUAAUUAUUAUAUUAACAAUGAAAUAGAAAAAGAGAAAAUAAUAUAUCAGGAUGAAAAUAUAUUUUGUAAUAAUAUUGAAGUACCUAAUUAUAAAGACACUUUAAUUUUUAUAGAUAAGAUAUUAUCAAAUCUUGAUGACAUCACCAAAUUACAUAAUAGUGGAUAUAAAAAAAGUGAUGACCACUUUUUUAAUUAUUUGUUGAAUAAUGAAAAGAUGAUAUAUUUAGAAAAAAAAAAUGUGUAUGGUUUUAUAAGUAAUAAAGACCAAGCACAUACUAAUAAAAAACAAAACAUAAAGAAAAAUCAAUUUUUUAUAAAUCAUUAUGCAGGACCUAUUACUUAUACCAUUAAUAAUUGGAUAUAUAAAAAUAGUGAUAAAAUAGAAUUAGACAUAGAAAAUUUGAUAAAGAAUUCCAAAAAUUAUUUUCUGAAUGAAAAUGAGCACAACAAGGUUCAGGGUAUUAGUAAUGAUACGAAUCAUCAGCAGGAAAAUAAUAUGUCCAACAUGCAUGCUGUUACACAAGAGAAAAAUAAUUAUAUAAAUUUGAAAAAAGAUCAUAUGAGUGACUAUGUGGAGAAAAAGAUGGAUACGGAAGAGAAGAUAUGUAAUAUGGAUAAUAUGAUGAUAGGGAAAACAGGAGAAUUUGUUUUUUUGAAUGAGCAAGAGAAUAUAUGGGGUGAUAGGUGUGUACCUAUAAUACAAGGGGAUGAAAAAAAAAAAGAGAUUAGAAGAAAUGUAGAUAAUAAAAUAUGUAAUGAUACAAAUAGUGUAUAUUUAGAUGAUAAAAAUGUUGAUUUGUCACAUUAUGAUAAUAGAAAAAAGAGUUUGGAAAUUUCCAAAACUUUAUUAAAUAUAAAUUUGGAAGGAACAAAAUUAAGUAUAAACAAAGGGAAAAAUACAAAUGAUGAUUAUAUUGGUAAUAAUAAUAAUAAUAAUAAUAAAAAGAAUUCAAGGAAUGUAUUAAGUGUAAGUAAAAAGUACAUGAAAGAAUUAGAUAAUCUGUUCAGUCAUUUGAAUGAAACAGAUAUGUAUUAUAUUAGAUGUAUAUUACCAAAUGACAAAAUGAAAAAAAAUUAUUUCAAAAGAUCUCUUGUAUAUGAACAAUUAAAACAAUGUGGAUCUAAUGAAAUGAUAAAAAUAUUGAAUAGUGGUUUAUCUCAUAAAAUUAAAAAAAAUGAAAUAUUAACAAACCUCUCGAAAGAAAUACAAAAAGAAUUACUAUAUUGUAAUAACAAUGAUAAAAUAUAUUAUUUUAUGUGUUUCUUUGACGAAAAAAAACGUUUUCAGAUAGGUAGUAAUAACUAUGUUUUUAUGAAAUCUAAUACAUAUACACAAAUUAAUUAUUAUAUAUCUCAAAAGUAUAAUAGAGACGAGGGUGAUCAUAACAAGGAUGAUGAGAUCUUUAUGGAUAUAAACAAAAAAAGAGACAUAUUAAGUUCUUUGAGAAAGAUGCGUUUUCAGCGAUGUGUUACGGUAAUAAAAAUAUAUAAUUGGAUGAAUACAUAUUUUAAAAUGUAUAUAGAAAAGAAAAAAAAAAUGAAAAACAUGGCAUGUGAAUAUAUAUAUAAAAUAUAUUUGAUUUAUAAAACGAUGAUGAAUGUUAAGAAGUCUUUCUCAUAUAAUAUAAGAAAAUUAAACAAAUGUUUUACCAUCAAGGGUUACAAGUUUGCAUAUAACAAGAUAAAAGCUGUAAAAAGGAGAGGAUCCUUCAAAACGAAUCAACAAAAUCAAUAUGAAAAUAAAAAGGAGGAUGAAAAAAAAAAAAAACACGUCUCGAUAGGAGAUAUUCAUAUGAAAGAAGUGAAUAUUAUUGUUGAUAAGAUAGAAAAUGAAAAAAUUUUAAUGAAUGAUCAAAGAGGGGGAGAAAAAAAAAAAGCUCAUGUUACAUGUGACGAUAUAUAUUAUGAUAGUAAUAAUAAUAAUAAUAAUAAUAAUAAUAAUGAUGAUGAUAAUUAUCCAUCAAAUGUGGCGAAAACACCUUUAGAACAUGUCGAGCCAGAAAUAUUUGUAGGCACUCCGGAUAACUAUCAUUAUAUAUAUAAUAAUAUAGACUGGGUAGUAGCAUAUGUCGACAGAUGUAUACAUUUCUAUAAUUUAAUUUAUACAUAUAGAAAGGUACAUAACAAGUAUGUUUUGGAUUAUGAAAAAAUUGAAAUAAAAAAAUUGGAUGAUAGUUUAGAUAAUGAGGAAAAUAUCUCGAAUGAAAAAGAUAAUGCAGAAUAUAAUACAAAUGGUGAUAUGAUAAGUAGCAGGGCAGGUGAUAAUAUAUGUUCUUAUGAUAGUGUCCACAGUAAAAAAAAAGGAUGUACUUUGAAAAUAAAACACUGGGAAGAGGAAGAUCACAAUGGUAAUAAUAAUAAUAAUAAUAAUAAUAAUAAUAAUAAUGGUAAUAACCAUAAUGAUGGUAAUAACCAUAAUGAUGGUAAUAACCAUAAUGAUGGUAACAAUCGUAAUGGUGGUAACAAUCGUAAUGAUGAUAACAACCAUAAUAGUGGUAACAACCACAAUAAUGGUAACAAUGAUAAGCACAAUAAUGGUAACAAUGAUAAGCACAAUUUUGUUAAUAACAAAAUGUUAUCUUUGCUACAACGAAAAUAUUAUUGUACGAAUCAACAUGCUUUAUAUAAAAACAUGUUUGUAGUAAUCGAUGAAGAUUUAGAUAUCAUCGUAUUCACUUAUCCAAAUUUAAAAACAAUCAGAAGGUUUCUUAAGAAAAAAAUCAAAUCCUUAAAAAUUCAAAGCGAUGAAAAAAAUGUACCCACUACCUAUUUACCUAAGUUAUAUAAAACUAGUAGAUAUGAACAUCCAUUACAAAAUAAAGAUAAGACGAUUAACAAAAUUGACAACGUGCAUGAUAAUACCUAUAAUGGGAAGGAAGAACACAUAAAUGAAUACAAAGAAAAAAAUAAUUUUAUUAUUAAGAAAAACAAAAGUUAUGUAGAUGACUUCCACACCUCUACCUUUGACAUAUUCAGUGAUGAAAAUUUAAAUUUAUUUAUGCAUACCUAUAAAAAUAUUUACGUAUUGAAUAAUAUGGAGAAUAUUAUUACAUGCAAUGAAAAGAAUAAGAAAAUAAAUUAUGAGUAUAAACAAAAUGAAUCACAAGAUGAUGAUGUAUUUAUGUUAGUUGAAAACAUGAAAAGGGGCUCAUCAAAUAAAAAACAUAUUGAAAAAAAUUACAAAUGUAUAAGUAAAAAAGAAAAAAAAAACAAUUUUUACAGUUUAUUAAAAGUAAUAGAAAAAACAGAUUAUAUAUUUAAUGAUCUUUAUUUAAACCCAACAUAUAAAAUUUUAAGGAUAUGUUUUUUACCAAGUAGUAUUCAUUAUGUUGUAUAUUUAGCAUAUGUCCUAAUAAAUAAUAAUCACUACUUAUUUGUAACUAUAGUAAAUUAUUUAAGUAAACCAGUAUACAAAUAUAUGGUACAUAUACUUAUAAAUAACAUAGUACAAAAUGAAGAGUUUUCGCAAUUUUUUAUGAAAAGUUAUGACCAAAUUUGUUCAGGCCAUUUAAUGCGAAAGGAAGAACUUUUGGCUAGCCAGGAAAAAAAUAAAAAUAAAGACGAAUCAAUAAUAAUAAAUGCACAACAAAAGAAAGAAAAAAAAUAUGUUAUGUGUAAAGAUAUAUUAAAUAAAUACUUAAGUACAUUAAAAAUAGCCAUAAUUAAUAAUCGUCAUAUAAUACUCUAUGGAUCUUGUUUAUUAAGUUUAAUAGAAAUAAAAAAUUAUAAUUUAAAUAGCUCACAUAAUCCUUAUGUUAAAGAAUAUGAAUAUAAAUAUUUAAAACUUAUAUUUAAUUUAUACUGUUUUGAACAUUUCAGUAAUGUUUAUGAUACCUAUGUCAACAAAUUAUCCUAUGACCUAAAGCAUCAUCUGGUAAAAAAUGAUUUAUUUAAAAAGGAGAGAAAAAAUAGCCAUUUGUUUUACCUGAACAAGUCAGGCGAAAAUUGUGAUCCAAAUGGAGAUAUAUCAAAAGGAAAAGAUAGAUAUAUACAAAAAAAAGAACAAGUGAAUGAAAAUAUGGACAUAUAUAAUAAUAAUAAUAAUAAUAGUAAUAGGAUGUAUACAUAUGAAGAGAGCAUAAAUAAGUACAAAAUGAAUAAAAACGAUACGGAGGAAGAAUAUACAUUUUAUAUUUUUUCUUUGUUUAACGAUAUAUAUAUGUUGACAAAUGGUAAAUAUAAGAAAAUGAGCAGCAUAGAAAAAAUGAAUGACACAAAUAAGGGUGAUGACAACAGGUCGUUGGAUGUUCUCUUUAAUUAUAAUGAAUGGAAAAUAAUAAAAUUAAAAAAUGAUAGUUUGGAUGAGCGUAUGAAAAUUUGUACAUUUCAAGGGGUUAUGAACAUGAAUAUAAAUUAUUAUUAUAAUAAGAAUUAUUACAAGAGUAAUAUAUCUUUAAAUCCAUGCAUACAAUCAACUAUUCAAAGGUAUAAUAUAUUUAAUGAGGAGAAAAGGAAGGGUGGUGUUAUUCAAAUGAAUUACCAAGGGUCUAUAUAUCCUGAUGUGUAUAUAUUAAGGGAGCUAAAAUAUGGAGAACAAGGACAAAAGAAAAAACAAGCAUAUUAUUACAACUUUAAGGAUGAGCAAUUGCUUACAUUGUAUGACGAAGGGGAUUGUGACACGAUCGAUAUAAGUGACAAAGCAAAACAAUCGUACAACAUCUUAUCGUGUACCCCAUUAAAUCACUUAGACACCAUAUUAUUAUUAAUGAAAGAUAUAGAUGAGAAUAAUUCCUAUGCUUUCGAAGUGAUGAACAUCGUCAACAAAAAAAAAAAAAUUCUUCCCAUCACGGAGUGA